CGCGCACCUCAUGACGUCAGCCAGCGCGGCGCGGGAGCGAGCGCUGCCGCCGCGCCGCUAACACAUUCGCCUUGACCAUCGUACGACGCGCACACCGCGCGCGCAUACUUUGUACUUGCCUACUUUAUACUUACAUACUUACGAGCAUUAAAUAGUGUUAUACACUUCAUCUAAGGCAUUUUUAUUAAUAGUGUUCUCAAGAACAUUUUGGCGCCCCCGGGUGGGCACGAGUCGCUUUAUUUCUAAAUUCACGACGUCGUCGCGCCGCCAUUUACGCGUCAUCGCGCUGCGCCACGUUGCGCACACCGCCUCGCCACGUACGUCUUCGCGUUCAAGACCAUCUGGGCAUGAAAAGGAUUCCGGUACAACCACCUACAUUCUCGCCGCAUCGCAGACUCGACCACCAGCCCAGCCUGCAGGACAGUGGGGUUUCCAAGUCGUAGAGGACCCGUGGUGUGGACCUUACAAGACAAAGGAAGACCAGCGCAUCGCAUCGUACACUGCCAAGGAGCGUGCCAUGAGCUAGUCCAUUCUUUUUCAUCCUAUUUACCUAAUUACCUCAAUUUGUGUGACUGAGGCAAACAGCAGUGUAUGUAUCCUACUAAGCUAUUAUCUUCUUUUACAAAGUGAGAAUCGAAGUAGCUGCGCCGCUUCCGUCGCUUGCGCGCUCGGACAACCGGUUCGCGUAAUCAACGGGACAAUCAGCUGUGCGAUAAGGAACAAGGAGCGUAAGCCGUUAGCGAUUAUCUACUUCAUAUAACAUUUUUUACAUCAAUUUGCAACAUAAGGGAGUUAAUUCAUUGAUUGUGCCGCACUGCUGUACUCACAUACCUUACAGGGUAGGCAGGAGGUAACUUGUUUGUUAUUUAUCAGGAUUUAUCGUGUAGUAUUAUUGUUCACGGACACCCGUAAAUCUAAACAUGGCUGAACCUUCUAGUAAAUUAUCUCCUUUACUGAUUCCAUCUACGAAUGAACUAAAAGAGCUAAAAACUAAGCGUAGUUCUAUUAAAGGUCAAAUAACCAUAUUUGGAAAUUAUCUUACAAAUAUAAAAGGGUGCUCCACAUUAACUGAUACGCAGAUCAAUGAAUUAACUUUGAAAUUAUCUAAAAUUUCAGAGCUUGGUACUAGGUUUGAAGACAUACAAACCCGCAUAGAAGUCUUGAAUGAUACAAGCCUUGAUGAUGAACUGUUAGAAAGAAAUAAUAUUGAAAGCAAACUUCAUUUUCAUUUUGCCAGCGCUCAAUCGAUACUUGAAAAAUGCAAACCUAAAGACUUACCUAAAGAUUUGGAUAAACCGUCCCCACCUUCCGAAGGGUCUCAUUGUAGUGGUCAUACUUCUUGUAAUGGUCCGAUGAGUUUCAAGUUGCCACAAAUUCAAAUACAUAAGUUCGACGGGGCUUAUUUUAAAUGGUUAGAAUUUCGAGAUACAUAUCGGUCAUUAAUUCAUGAAAAUGAAAAUAUAAAACCUAUUCAUAAAUUUCACUACUUGAACUCUUAUCUCGAGGGUGAAGCAGCACGCGUCGUUUCCAACCUUGAGAUAUCAGCUGACAACUACUCUGAGGCCUGGGAUCUUUUAUGUAAAAGGUAUAAUAACAAACGUCAAUUGAUAACUAACCAUCUCAAUUCCUUGCUUAAUAUUGAUACUCAACGUGAUCGCGACUCUGAUAAAUCAUUGCGCUUCCUAAGUGAUCACAUAACAAAAAACUUAAGGGCUUUAAAUACACUUGGCUUGCCUACCGAUAAGUGGGAUGCCAUUAUAAUACACAUAGUAGCUUCUAAAUUAGAUAACAUUACAAAAUUGAAAUGGGAGGAGCAUAGAAGCACACUAAGUGACUUGCCCACUCUUACUGAAUUUAAAUCGUUCUUAAAAUCACGUGCAGACGUUUUGGAAACGUUAUUUCGUUCAAGAAAGGAUUUUAAGCCGCCUACUAACAACCGUCACGCCUCAUUUAAACCUGAAACAAAGGCUUUCGUGGUUUCAGCUAACAAUAACACCGCGCCUCCGCGGCCGUGCGUCGUGUGCCAGGCAGAGCAUCGCAUUUUUGACUGCGGUGUAUUCAAGGCCCUCUCCACUGACGAUAAGUGGGGUUAGGUCGCGAAGCUCCGGCUCUGCCACAACUGCUUGCGACCAGACCACGACGCUCGCCACUGCCGCCUGGGCGGCUGCCGUGUGUGUAAGAGGCGUCACAACACCGUACUGCACAAACAUAACACUAACACUUCACCUCACACUGCUUCUUCUAGCCGCACUCAUGCCACUGAAGGGCUUGAUGCUGGCACGUCUUCCUCAUCUUCUUCUGCUACUGUUAUGACGGUGGUAUCCGCCUCUGAAGUGUUAUUGUCUACAGCCUUAAUUAACAUCGUUAAUCCAAAAACCGGCAAGACUGAAUCGGCAAGGGCUUUGCUUGACAGCGGGAGCCAGUCUUCCUUUAUUACGACCGAUUUAAGAUUGCGGCUUCAACUGGCUUCUGAACCUUGUAGCCCUACAAGCAUCCUAGGUAUAGGCGAUACCUCUGUUGACGUCAUUCCCGAGCGCUGCUUUGCACAGAUUAAGUCUAAACAUGGGACAUUCACGCGCUUACAAGACUUCUUAGUACUACCACAAAUAACUCAUAAACUUCCUAAACAUCAUAUAAACACUCAUCAUCUUAACAUACCAUCAUCCAUCAUCCUUGCAGAUCCUUCAUUCAAUCAUCCAUCAUCAAUAGAUGUUCUUUUGGGAGCUGACAUUUUCUGGCAUAUUAUUGGCUCAGAGCAGCGACCCCUUAGUCAUGCACAUAACCUUCCUAUCCUGCAUAAAUAAAUCGCAGCUGGGUUGGUUAAUAGCAGGGCCUAUUUCAUUAAUUAACGCACGUAAUACUGAAUCCCUUCAUUGUAAUCUUUCAACACAAGACAGUUAUAACGAUUUAAACGCACAGCUCACUAAGUUUUGGGAUUACGAGGACUUUCCUAGUCCUAACCAAUGUAAAUCUAAUAUAGUAACUGAAAGUGAAAAACAUUUCACUGCCAAUACCUACCGUCAACAAGAUGGAAGGUUUUGUGUCAGACUUCCACUACUAGAUACUCCGGAUUGCCUCGGAGAGUCAUAUUUUAUAGCCAAACGGCAAUUUACUAAUUUAGAAAAACGUUUUCGAACAAAUCCUGAGCUAAAGCGUAUGUAUUCGGACUUUAUUACCGAAUAUCAUGAUCUAGGACAUCUAUCUGAUUCUAUCAUACACAAACCUCACACAUCAUACUUCCUACCGCACCAUGCCGUUUUGAAGGAGAAUAGCGAGUCAACGAAACUUCGGGUCGUUUUCAAUGCAUCUUCUCGAACUUCAUCUGGUUUCUCCAUCAACGACCUGCAAAUGAUUGGCCCUAAUAUACAGGAUUCAUUAUUUAACAUAUUGCUUCGUUUUCGAAAUUACAGAUAUAUACUGUCGGGUGACAUAGAGAAGCAAUAUAGACAAAUUGUUAUGAAUGAACUUGAUAGGGAUUUA